GGCGCUGCUAUCGUUUGAUUUGAUAUGGAGGGAAGGCCGGGCCGUCCAACACUUAUUCAGUCAUCUGCCUAUGACACACGCAAAGCAUAGCAUACAUGCGUUUCUAUCUCUCAGUGUCCUGCCCGCCCCGCCCCGCCCAAAAAUGCACAUGUCUGUCUGUCUGUCUGUCUGUCUGUGUAAACAAGCCAUGACCACUCGGCCUUCUCUGCAUCUCAUCCGCCUAACUGUCUGCCUGUCUGUCUGUCUGUCUAUCGCCUCUGCCUCCUCCGCUGUCGCCGCUCCCACACCACCCUCAUCUGCACAUCCGUCUUGAGCACGUGCGUCCGGUUCACACGGUGCCCUGCACCCACCAUCUCCGACGCGGCCCUCUCGCUCAGAGACAGCAGCAUCGCCCUCUCGGCAGCAGAAGAAGAUGAAGCCGCCGGUACGUCCACACGCGACACAGUCGAGUGAUUGGCCCGAAACACCGGCAGCCGGAAGCCGAUCGCGCGCUGCUCCUCGGUUAACCCACCAUGUGGAGCUGCAGCAUCAUCAUCCCCUGCGUCACUCAUGGCGGGGGGCGGCAGAGCAGGGAGGUGAGAGAGCUUGCUGGCGCGGCUGUCGGUCCCACUUGGUGGUUGGUGGCUGCUGCUGGUGUUGGUGCUGCUGUUAGUUGGUGUUUUCUUGGGGGGCGGGGGUGGUGGGUGCGAGGGGCUGUCUGGCGUGGGUGGGGCGUGGGGGAUAUGCUGCGAUGGGGCGGUGUGCGGGGAGGGGGCUGGCGGCUGGGUGUGUCGGAUUGGCCAGUAGAUCCAGAGGAAGAUGCCGCCGAUAGCCACGAGUACGAGCAAGGUGAUGAACCACCAGAAGUAGUAGCGGCGGGCGGCCUGCACCCGCACCUGCCGCGAGGAGACCUCGAACUGUCGGGCGGACGUGGAGAGCUGCUCCGACUUGUGUGUGAGGGCCUGGAGGUCCUCUGACUGGCUGAGGAUCUUGGACACGUUGUCCUGCAUCACGCCCUUGACGGCGUCCACCUUGCCCAGCAACCCGUGGAUGCGGUCGAAAUGCGCAGGGUUCUCAUACGCCUGAUCCCGAAGCAGGCAAAACAAACACGACAGACACAGAGAACAAUGGUGUGAGUCGCCCGAUGGGUGGUGGGUGUGGGUGUGGUACUCGCCUGCAUGAGCUCGCCCAUCUUCCGUCCGAACGCCCGCGUGAGCGCCCCAGGUGACAGCUCCAAUAUCCUCCUCGACAGCCUCCCCCCAGCAGCACCAGUGCUGCUGCUGCUACUCGCCGCUGCCGCAGCUGCGGUCUCCCCACCCCUGUCAACGCCCUCCCCGCCAUCGCCAAUCUGGUAGUGCUGCUGUAUCUCGCUCAUCAGGUCGGCCAGGAGGGCGAAUGCAUGUCGUUCGGGGUACUCCAUGUUGGAGAUGACGACGCAGUAGAGGAGGAUGCCGGCGUUGUCAACAAGGCAGCACACGAGUCCGUCGUUCCACUGCAGCCGCUGCCUCUGUGAGGGUCCGAGCUUGAGCUUGGCGGCCUCGAGGAGCUUGACGAACACGGCCUCGGUCUCGGACCGCCACUUGCUGUCCGGCACCUCGCAGCGGGACGCCAGCACAGCAGCAUCGCGAAUGCGGCCGAUGCCCAGGAACUGAAGGUUGCGCUGUUGAACGCCCUCCAUUGCUACGCAGUGACAUUCUCCAUCGCAGAGUCGUCCAUUGCCACGCUCUACUCGUCCCUAGGCUAAGCCCU